GGAGAGCGGGUUGCUUAAGGCGUUGGUUGGUCACGCUUGUUCUGUUGAUUCUAGGUACACCUCCAAUUCUUAUCGAUAAGCAGGAUGCGUUCAGGGUCUGGCUAUCUGGCGCGAUCCACAAAUAUUUUUUCUUCCCCUCUUCGGUGUGCCUCCGGUCUCACCUAUCUGUCCACCUGCUUUACCAACCAGCCCAUCGAGAACCAACCCGCGAAUCCCCUCUGGCGAGGCCAGAGACUCGCCCGUCUUCUGAUUACGACGCCUCCCCAUUGGCACGUAAGCCACCAUCCAAUCGACCCCUACCUGAGGUUGGCGAGGUUGGGUUAUUAUGUCCAGCAAUUCCUCCCAACGCCCCCCAGCUUGGUUAUUUUCCCACAACUCUAUCAACUCUUCGCACGCGCCGUCGGCCAGCCGUGAACCAGCCACGAUGAAGAAGACGGACGAGAAAGCCCGGAAGGCGGCGAAGCCGAAAGCUGCACCCAAAGCUGCCGCCGCUUCGACAUCGGCCUCUACCAGCCACACUAAGAGCUCGGCCCCUCCUACCCAGCUCAUGGACCUAGUCGAGUCGUUCCUCUCCGACCAGGGAUUCGAUAACGCCCAUCGCGAAUUUCAGAAGCACAGAGCGAGGAAGGGCUGGAAGGAACAGGACCACGAGAAGGACAAGAACAAGGGCAAGACCCACCAUUCCCUGGUCAGCGUAUUCCAGACGUGGAAGACUUUUGCCAGCCAAGGCAGCACGCCCGUCUCCGCCACCGAUGACCCCAUGGCCAAGAUCACCAAAAUCAGCAGUAGCAGCAGUGACAGCAGUGAAAGCGAUAGCAGCGAGGAUUCGAGUUCAGAGAGUGAAAGCGACAGCGAUGCCGAUGAUGUCGCCAUGGAUGAUGCCCCGGCUGCUGAUGGGUCCAGCGAAGAGUCGUCGUCUUCGGAAAGUUCGAGCGACAGCGAAAGUGACGAGGGGAAGAAGCCGCGAGCACGUCCGGCCACGAACUCGUUAAAGAGAAAGGCACAGUCCGAUAGCGACGACGCAUCAUCUGAAUCGAGCUCAGAAGAGGACAUGUCGGACUCAAGCUCGGAGGACGAACGACCUCAGGCCAAAAAAGCAAAAAUCAAGAGCGUCUCUGACGAGGGUUCUUCUUCAUCCGAGGCUUCUGAUUCCUCCUCCUCCGACGACGAGAGCUCCUCUGACGAGGAUGAAGCUGAAGACAAGUCUGACACCAAGAGUGACGACUCGUCUUCGGGUUCGGAGUCUGAUUCCGAUUCGUCCGAGUCGGGAUCUGAAUCCAAGGCAGAGUCCAAGGUGGACCUGAAGGUGGCUGCCCAAGUCCCACUGCCCGAGUCCUCUUCUUCCAGCGACUUGGAGUCAGAAUAUGAAAGACCGCGGAUAUCUGUCAACGCUAACGUGGCCCGUCGUGCAGAAUCAGACACCACCUCUGCCACCCUAGACAAGACCUCUCCUGACAACACGCUCCCCCCUCUCCCGCCUGACCCGCUCACCUUCAAGGCGAACAAUCGGGGAAAGAAUGGCGUGAAAGGGCAGAACCAGCCCUUCUCCCGAAUCCCCAAGGACGUGGUGGUCGACCCGAGGCUUUCUUCCAACGCCUACGUGGCCCACGGCUACGGCGAGAAAGCCCACCAGGACCUCGUCGUCACCAAGGGCAAGGGCUUCACCAAGGAGAAAAACAAGAAGAAGCGGGGCAGUUACAAGGGCGGCCCCCUGGACAUCAACCAGACCCGGAGCAUCAAGUUCGACGAUUAGCAGUCUCGAACGUUUACCCCUUCGGAGGCGGCGGCAUCGCAUUCUGCCUCGGAAAGCAGAGCGCGCGUGGGCUCGAGUAGGACACCGUCACAGUCCAAGUCCCCACACCCCGCCGAACCUUUGGGAGCGCCUAGGGAGUGGUGGAUUCCCUACCCGACGCACAUACAUUUCCACUAGACUUCGAAUGUCAUUCACCGCGAUUCACCAUCCAAAUUUUCAUCUACCCACUCUUGUUUUAGGCGGACGGC